UGAAAUGAUACAGCCCUUCUAUAUUCAACAAAUCAAUAAUGGUCCAACACAGCAUCUACCAACUCAACCUGAUAAAAGCCAGACCGAGAGUGAGGGCGAAAGGGGUUGAGCAGGGAGAAGCCCCUGUAAUAAAAUCAGGAGGAAGCCAGUAAAGAUACAGUAUUUCCUAACGAAACAGUAGAGAUCCAAUGUUCAUAAAAGGUGCUUCCAUUGCACAGUGCACAUGUGAAAUAUAUUAUUUUCAGGGUAUCUAUUUCGAAAUUGUAAUGCGCGGUAUUUUACGUGGGAUAUUAUACUGUGCUUUGUGUUACGGUAGUAUAGUAGCAGGCUUUUUAUUUAUUGCCUGUCCGCUUCUACCAUUAUUGUUAUUUAGUCCGCCAAGAUUUCGAAAAUGUGGGGACCUCUUAUUUUCGUGUUGGGAACUUUAUCCUACCGCUCUAUUAAACAUAUUUGGAGUAAAAAUCUAUGUGUCUGGUGAUCAUAUAUCUCCUCAUGAAUCGGCCGUGCUCGUGAUGAAUCAUAGAACAAGAGUAGACUGGAAUUUCUUAUGGGCAGCAAUGUAUCAAGCGUGUAUGCCCAAUGUAGCUUAUCAUAGAUUGAAAUUUAUUUUAAAGGAUCCUAUACGGCAUAUUCCUGGUCCUGGAUGGAUAAUGCAAAUGAAUGGUUUCCUUUACAUAACGCGACGUUGGGAAGAAGAUCAAGGGCGAUUGUCGCGUACUCUUGAUUAUUUGAUCGCAUUAGACAAUCAUACGCAGUUGUUGAUAUUUCCCGAGGGCACUGAUUUGACAAAGAGUAGUAAGGAGAAGUCGGACAAGUAUGCCGAGCAGCAUCAUUUACCACAAUAUACAUAUACUCUGCAUCCGAAAACUACAGGUUUCGCUUAUCUGGCUCAACAUCUUCAGCGCGCGAACUAUCUCGAUGCUGUUUAUGACUUAACAAUAGCAUAUCCGGAUUACAUACCACAGUCUGAGAUCGAUCUGAUCAGGGGUAAAUUUCCGGAUGAGGUGCACUUUCAUAUAAGACGAAUAUCAUCCGCAGAUAUACCAAUGCACGAUUUGACUUUAAGAAAAUGGCUGGAGAACAGAUGGUCUGAUAAGGAAGAGUUAUUAAAGCGAUUUUACGAACAGAAAGCAUUCUCCGCCGAAAUAUGGCCGCUAACGAAAACGCUACCGUUACAAGCCGCAUUUGGAUUCUGGAGUAUAUUAACAGGUAUAACAAUACUCUUACUCAUUAUUUCUCCGAUCUUCCAAUUGUGGACUUUGAUUCACGCAAUGUUUUUCAUCGGACUGUCAAUUCUCAAUACAAGUUUUAAUCAGAUUGAGAUGGGGUGGUAUUGGCGCUGGAAAAAGUACACUUUUCGAGCUAAACGUAGUUAGUUAAAAGAUAUUAUAUCUUAAUUUAUAAAGUUUAUUGAAGAAUCGUAGCUCUUUAUCUCUGUGAUAACAUUGUAUAUAAAAUUGUAAAAAUGAGAAAAAAGGAACAUUAUUUAAGAAUUUUGUGCAAUAUCACUAUUUUAAUCUAAUCGUAACUUGUGACUUACAAUUGUUUCAAUUAUUUUACACUUUUAUGUCUUGAUAUACAUAUAUCGUAGAAAUAUAGUAAUAUAUUUAAAAAUAUAGUAAUACAGUAUACAAUGAAAAAAAUGGGAACAUACAUAUAGUUUGUUAUUAAAAAUUUAUUUGCAAAAUCGAAAAUAUUGAUAUACAAAUAAUAUUUUUGUUACUUAUUUUAAUCUUUAUUUUUAAAAAAAUUGGAUUUGUAUUUGAAUUACUAUCGAAAUUAUGUAAUGUUUGGAAUUCAUCUUUUACUGCUUGCUGCAAAUUUAUCAUAUAUUCUUCUUAUACAAGAUAUAAAUAUCACACAUCUAAUACGAAAUAACUAGAAUAUUAACAUUUUAUGUCAAAAGAAAAUUAUAUUUUUAACAGGGAUAUACGUACACUAUUUAAGAAAAAAUAAGAGAUGGUUUUUCUCACCGAAUAUUGUUCAACUUGAAAAUAUUAUAUAACUUAAUAAAACUUUAUGAAGAAAUAUAUAUAUUAUUUAAUCAAAUAAAGUAAAAUAAUAAAAUGAUGCUUUAAAAAGCAAAGUGUUUCUACUUUCUCUCUUUCUCUCUCUUUCUCUCUCUUUGUUAUUCUCUUUGACCAAAUUUUAAAAAUACAAUUUGCUUGUUAUAUAAACAAAGGUAAUGUGUUAUAUUAUACUUCAUUAAUGAACAAAGUAUUUUGUUCUUUAAAAAUUUCUAAUUUUAACAUAAUGUACGAUGUUGAAAGCAUACACAUGCACCAUAUCCGACAUAAAGUGCAAUUCUCACACGUUAUAUGUAUAUACAGGGUGUUCUGAAAAUUUUGACACACCCGAAGUGUGAAGGUAGAUUGGGCCAAACUGAGUCGCAAAGUCCUAUACCAUUUUGUAAAAUUCGCAAUAGUUUUUGCGUUAUUAAUUAAAAUAUGUGAGCUAAUGAGCGCGUUGGAAAUCGGUAGGCCGGUAUCGGCAGGCAUGUACGAUGGAUUACUUAUGUACGUUUCUUAAUAACAAAAGCAUCAUCUAAGCGAGAGGUAGAGUCACGCUGUUACCUCUUGCUUAGUAGAUGAUACCUUCGUUGCUAAGAAAUGUACACAAGUAAUCCGUCGUACAUACCUACCGAUACCGGCCUACCGAUUUCCAACGCGCUUAUUAGCUCACAUAUUUUAAUUAAUAACGCAAAAACUAUUGCGAAUUUUGCAAAAUAGUAUAGGACUUUUCGUCUCAGUUUGGCCCAAUCUACCUUUACACUUCGGGUGUGUCAAAAUUUUCAGAAUCUUGUAUACAUUAGGUAUAACAAUGUUAAUGUUAGGUAUAACAAUGUCAUGUUAAUAUACUUAUACAGGGUGUCGGAAAAUUCGCGUAACACUCUUUAAGGAAAAGUAGAGUGUGUUAUUCUGAACAGAAAAGUCCUGUAAAGUCCUGUCAUUUUUUUCUAUAACGCUUAAUAAAAAAGUUAUUAUUGAGUGAAGUCUAGCCUAUCAUCGUCGAUCUUCAGCCGGGCGCACAUUGGUGAGCUGUCGUACAUCUGGGAGCUCACGCACACUACUAGGCGCGCAGCGAAUUUUCGAACACCCUGUAUAUCGUACUUAUGGUUAUAGUGAAUUUUGCGAAAGGAAUUUUUCAACAUCUUACAAGAGAUACAUUACGUUAAAAUUGAACACUUAUAAAGUACAGAAACAACUUCAAAACCA